AUGUUAAGACCAACUGAUUGGGAAUGUAGUUUGUACGAUGAAGUGGCAGAUCACGAGAACAAAGAUGCUUUUAAGAAGUUGAAGAAGGAGUAUUCUGAUUUUUUUAAGUUUUUAAAAAACGUUACUGGUUACGAAAAAGUUGGUUUUGGUAAAGCUGCUUCGUUAAACAAUCUGAACAGAGAGGUUAGAUUUUCCUUCGAUUCUCCUACAUUAUUCACAGCAGCAUAUUCAGGAGUAGUGAUAUUACUAAUUGUGGAAGUUAAAAUAAAGAUCAUUCAUCAUUUGCCACAACCAGACUGGGUAUACAAGCGAUGGCCGGAGCAUGACAAUCAAACGACGCUGGAAAUUGUAACGGAGUUGAAAAGAAUUGAGAGGGUUAGCGAAUUUGAUUCACCGGACAAGGCUCGUCUUCGCGGUGGGCUGCUUCUGGGAGACUGGGUUUCUAGGGCUGUCAACAUUUCAAAUGGUAAAGUAGUUCAACCGCAAAAAAUGAACCUUUAUUCAACGCACGAAGGUACUGUUGCAUCCUUGAUGUAUGCAUUUGGAAUUGGCGAUGGGACGCUGAUACCCUAUGCUGCUUGUCUCAUAAUGGAGGUUUAUCAGACACCGAAAGGCGGCACUGUUGUAAAGCUGUUGUACAAAAACCAAACGGACCAGAACUAUUUGCAUAAUACAAUUAUACCUGGUUGUCAAGAGUUUUGCCCGGUAAAAAAAUUGAAAAAGCUACUUGCUGAUAUGAUCAUUGAUGACGACGACGAACUUGUUGAGCAAGAAAGAGUGUAA